AUCAAUUUAAAAUAGAUUGUUAUAGCGGUCCCUGGACGCUCUCCCGGCCGAGCGCUCUGAGCCCAGUGCCCAGCCAUGGCGUGCCCCCUGGAUCAGGCCAUUGGCCUCCUCGUGGCCAUCUUCCAUAAAUACUCGGGCAGGGAAGGUGACAAGAACACUCUGAGCAAGAAGGAGCUGAAGGAGCUGAUCCAGAAAGAGCUCACCAUUGGUGCGAAGCUGCAGGAUGCUGACAUUGCAAAGCUGAUGGACGACCUGGACCGGAACAAGGACCAGGUGGUGAACUUCCAGGAAUAUGUCACCUUCCUGGGAGCCUUGGCUUUGAUCUACAAUGAUACCCUCAAGGGCUGAAAAUAAAUCAGGAAGGUGGAGACACCCUCCAUCGGGCCUGCCUAAGUCAGCUCCAGUGGUGGGUAACUGUUCAAUAAAUAUCUUUUUUUGGUCAAAAAAA